GAACUUUAAAACCAACGGACCCAUCAAAACAAGCAGCUGAUCAAAUGAUCUAAGUUUAUUUUUUAUUGUAAAUUCAAUGGAUUUAUUACACUUUAAUACAUUUAUUUAGUAGGUUAUUGUUGACGUUAGUAUUGCCACUAUCGCUCGUUAAUGGUCAAUCUCUAAAAACAGAGAAAACUGUAAAUUACGGCGUUAUAAAACAUCUAUAAUGACAUCUAAACCUACAUGUCUGAUAGUGGCCAGUGCUGCAUCUGCAGGAGUUUCAGCUCGAUCGUUCCAUCAGUGUUUCAAUUUGUGCAGCUCAGUGUUUAACUUGCAGACAGCGACACCUGGCGGGAAGACAAUCGACUUUGCGGGUGUGGAUGACAGCACAGCCCGAUGGGUGCAAGAGUUCAGCAUCAAACCCUACGCCAGCCCGGCCAAACUGGAGUCUAUCGAUGGUGCUCGCUAUCAGGCGCUGUUGAUUCCUGACUGUCCGGGAGCCCUGAAUGAUCUCGCCCACAGCGGGUCCCUCGCACGAAUCCUGUCCCACUUCAUUUCUCAGCAAAAGCCCGUGUGUGCUGUGGGACAGGGCGUCGCUGCUCUCUGCUGCGCUACGGAGGAAUCAGAGGUGAAUAAGAAGUGGAUAUUCAGUGGCUACAGCAUGACCGGGCCCUCUGUGUUUGAGCUGGUACGUUCUCCUGAAUUUGCCAACCUGCCGCUGAUUGUGGAGGAUUUUAUCAAAGACAGUGGUGGAUCUUACACAGCGAGCAUCGAGGACGCCGUUCACGUGGUCCUAGACCGCCAUCUUGUGACGGGGCAAAACAUACAGUCCACAUCAGCGGCUGUCAAUAAUCUGAUUCUUCUGUGUAAUACUAGCAGAUAAACAAACAAGAGACCACGCAACGAAAUGCGAACCAGAAGUGUUAUCAGAUGUGUUAUACUACUGAAAGCACUUGUUGUCCACAAAUAUACAUACAUUCUUCACUCCAAAUGCAUUUCACACUCAAGUUUAGUUUUAAGAAAUUAUGAUCUAAAAUUCAAUGUAAGUAUAUUAGGUUCAUUUGUUUUUCUAUCUACAAAAUAUGAAUGUUUAAUUUGAAUGCUUGAAAGGAACACGAUGAUUUUUAGAUUUAAACAAGUUCUGUAAAUGGAUAUCAAGCAUUACACUGUAAUAAAGGCUUUAUUUUUAACUAAAUUUUAAAAAAAUAAAUCAGCCUGGAACAUUAGUACUAGUACAAUGACUAAAAAGCUCCACAUUUGAGCUUUUAAAUGCACCAGACAUCCAAUGUUAGUUUAAAUGUGAUUAUUAUAUUGGUUAUUGACAGUGUCAGAUGUUGUUGGUAAAGCUUAACUUGUUUUCAACAUUCCUUUAAAGUGUAAGAUGGAGAGUUUAACACAGGAAAUCCUGUGGUUUUUAAUAUGUAUGCAGCUCUGCUGUGAUGUUAAGAGGAACUGAUCUGUGCUGAAAUACUUUUACAUCAUUUUAAUAUCCAAAAAAUGUUUUGUGCUGCUGUAACAAUGUUUUGAUUUGCACCACAAAAGGGAUCAAAUAUGUAAUGUGCAGUAUUACGAACAUACAGUAUGAAAAAACAAAUCUGUACCAAUGAAUUCAUAAAAAUUGUAUUCCUGAAUAAAAUAAAUUGCAUUAAAA